AUGGUUGCCGGCCUCAAAUCCGUGGACUACGAAACGCGUCUCGCGAUGCUUGAUCUCUUUCCCCUGGGGUACCGUCGCCUCCGAGGGGACCUAAUUCUUACUUGCGCCCUGUUUGAACAAAGCUUGGUCAACAAAUUUUUCACCAUUGACCCGGAUGGUGACCCAGCGGGGACAUGUAAACAGCUUGCUCGGGCAGAAAAGAUCCCUGCUGGUUCUGCCAAUCCUGGAGUUCUUCAGAUAGAAUCUCAAGUUCGAGAUGGAAACAAUCAGAACAAUAUACCCAUCUAUCUGACGUGGCCUUCCGCAAUCACGUGUAUUCCAAUAUGGAUCCAAGAUCUCUACACACGACGAUGUAGCGGUGCACAGAACCCACUUCACCAACAUGCUGUUAUUGCCUCUUCACAGGAAGACUGUGGAUUGGUCCGCUUCCGAUUAUCUGUUGCAUACAUCGACGGAAAGACUUCACACACCGGCAAUCUGGUUCGUCAAGACACCCUCAUUUUGCUACUAACGUUGAAGAUCAAGUCCUCUUUCCUCUCUGAUUCGGCUCCCCUUAACUUUGGAAGACCAGCACAGUGUUUUUCUGUGUACACUACCUGCAAUGAAUCGUAUCCCACGGGCUUCUACGUUGCUUACGUCUGCUUACGUUCAGAACUAUCCCUAUGCGCUUACUUUAUCUACAUUUGGUGGAUGGAUCAAGAUAGCUUGCUAGGUAGAUCCACCAGGGUGAUUACCCCAGGACAAAAGAGUGAUGUUAACGGGUCUUCGACAAGUCCCGUUAACACAUACAAAGAUUUUCAUGAAUCACCGUCGAACGGUGCCUUCAUAGAGUGCUCACUAGAAACAAAGGCAGCAGCUGCUGGCCUCCUCGCUUUGGUCACAGUCUGCCGAUUAAACUCACAUUUCGUACAAACUAUCACUUGUUCGUCUUUGAAUGAGCUCUUUGAGCGAUCGAACGACCACAUUUUCGGGUCCAAGAUCACAGAUGGUUCGAACGCUAUUCGUGUUUGCCAUGAUCUGAUCAAUAUUGCGUUCAUGAUCUGUCGUGGGACAGACCUAUGUUUUGCCAUCCCGACCGACGAGUACUAUAAAGCAUUUCUAGCAAUAGCGGAUUCAUUGGCUGAUUUCGGGGCGAAUGAAAUCCUCGCAAGACAAGCGAUCCAAACAAAUUCCACUAAAAUUAUGUCCCGGAAAGGCCCGAUCCAGUGGCCGCUGCAGGCUGGCGAACAAACCGUCGGACCACUUCCCGGUUCAUUCCCGGCUGCUUCACGGAUUUUUGGUGGUCGGCUGGUGUGUCGAACUGCGCUGCAAGGACUUCAUUUGUGGUGGCUUAGUCUACCCUCCGAGGGCCUAUUCUGGUUACAUUCAGGGCCGCCUUCUCUAUCCUCUGAGAAGGCGCUUCAGCGCCGCCAAGCUACCCCAGCUGGUCUCCAGUCCAGUAGCCUCUGCAAUCUCCUUGAAGUCCUUCAGGAAGGUCCGAACAUGCAAAUCCUUAAAGAGUUGUACCCACAGGAUCUCCAUCCUUAUCCUGGUCACCUAACCAAAUGA